AUGCACCCGAAGGGGACCCCAGCGCCAGCAUCAUCCGUGAAGGCACAAGUGUUCAAACACAAACAGCUGCCGACCGAGAUGGGCGGGUGCCACCGGCUCUCCUGCUGUGCGGCGCCGCGCCCGCUCCCUGAAGGCUUCGACGCCCUCGCGCGUGACGGGCUGCGGCGUUUUUCUUGUUUCGGACACCCGUCCAACGCGAGCGCGCGAGGCGCGCUCCUUCUCCGCUCGCUCAACUCCAUCCUCCCGCAACGUUUCGCCGGGCCUAACUCGGCGCUCGGGCCAAUGGACGACUCCCCCGACGACACGGUCCAGCUCGACGCGCCGGAGCUCACCCGGCCCGUGGACCGACUGGUCCGAACCUUCUCGUGGCGAGCGAGGCAGAAGGCCAAGAAGACGGACCCGUCGGCGUCGGAGCGUGCGGACGACGUCCCCGACGACGCGACCGCCGCCGCGCCAGAGGACCUGGGCCGCACGCUGACGCGGGUGCUGAGCUUUGGCCGCAGAAACAAGCAGGCGCGGCAGAGCGACGAUGGCGGCAAAGACGACGAGGAUCUGGAUCGGACGACGAGCAUGUUUUCGGGGCCGCGUCGCGCCUUCUCGCUCACGCGCCGGCCGGCGGCCUCGGCGGGCACGCGCUUCUCCGCGCUCCGUCUCAGCGAGACGGAGCAUGUCUACGGGCCGCUGCAGGUGCGGCGCGCCGAGAAGCGCGGCCAGAAGCCCGCGCCGCGCUACUGCGUGCUGGGCAAAGAGACGUGCGUGCUCACCUGGUACGCGACGGCGUCGACCGAGGCGCCGAGCAACGGGCAGCGGCCCGACGGCAGCUGCACCAUCGCACUCGCCGACGGUGCGCCGGCGACGCCCGACCUCUUCCAUGCGUUCGAAUGCCGGGCGGCGUCGGCCGAGGAGGCGGCGCGCUGGAAGCGGUCGCUCGACGCCAUCACGUCGCGCGCCAUCUCUGGCUACAUCCAGAUCAAGGGGCGGAGGGGCUGGAAGCGGCGGUGGGUCCUGUUCCAGCCCCUCUGCAAGAAGCUCUGCAUCUACCGCGCCCAGCCGCUGGUCGCCCACUCGGCGGGCACCUUUGCAGACGCGCACAUCUACCAGCAGCCGGGGUACCGCGCGCACGGCGAGGUCAAGUGGGCCGCGCGGAGGCCGUCGCCGUCGCAGCCGUUCGGCUUCUCGAUCUUCACGCCCGACGAGGGCCAGUGGGAGCUCGCCGCGCCGACCGCCAAGGAGAUGCGCCGCUGGCUCGACUCGCUCCCCAUAUUCGACCCCGAGGCGGCGAACAUCGUCAACGCGAUCGGCGAGGAGUACCACGCCGAGAAGGAGCGGCGCCAGUCCGUCCGCCUCUCGCUGCGCUCCUCCGUCUCCUCGUCCGCCCCGACGUCGCCCGCGAGAGAGUCGCCAGCCUCGAGCCCGGCCAAGGUCGGCGCCGGCGCCAAGAGCGCGGCCGAGCCCGCCCCGCUCGCCGAGGUGAGCGACAGCGCGAGCGAGAGCGACGACGACGACGACGCCGACAGCGCCGCCGCCGAGGCGCCCAAGCCGCUCCAGCUCGGCAUCUCGGGGCGUGACCUCGUGACGCACGCAAAGCCGGGCUCUGCGGCGGCGGCGGGCGCCAUCACGCCGCGCUCGAACCGGCUGGUGAGCGACCAGCUGCGGCAGCUCGAGGAGAUGCGGCAGCAGCUCGAGGCGCUGCGCAACGAGAACCGAGAGCUCAAGCUGCAGACGGGGGGCGAGCUCUCGGCGGACCAGGACGAAAAGGUGCUGCAGGAGUUCCUCGUCAAGCUGCGCGCCGUCCUCGAGAUGCGCUCCGAGGGGCGCUCGAUGAAGAAGUACUGGGCCGCGCUGAGCAACGGCGAGGGCGACGUGUCCGAGGUGCGCCGCUUCCGGCGUAAGCCUGAGCUGGGCCUGCUCGUCUCGAGCACCGAGGACAUCAAGAAGAUCUCGCCGUACAACUGGCGAAACAUGGGCUGCUCCGGCCUCACCGAGCAGGAGCUGCGCUGCCUCCUCGUCCGGCUCGGCGAGCCGGGCAUGCCCGGCCAGGCCGACGAGUUCAAAAAGAUGAUCAUCGCGCGGCUCGGCACAAAGAGCCCCACAGACGCGCAGGAGAAGCAGGAGGCGCGGAUGCGGGCGAUCGAGGCUGGCGAGAUCGAGGUGGAGGACCCGCGCGAGAAGCGGCUGCGGGAGCUGAAGGAGAACAAGCCGGCCAAACCGGGCAAGGGGGCGGGGGGCAAGGCGGCGCCAAAGCCCAAAGCGGAGAAGCAGGAGGCGCGGAUGCGGGCGAUCGAGGCUGGCGAGAUCGAGGUGGAGGACCCGCGCGAGAAGCGGCUGCAGGAGCUGAAGAAGCAAAAAGCAGCCGAGGCGGCAGCGAAGAAGAAGAGUGCAAAGGCGGCGGCCGCAAAGAAGUGACGCGUGAGGGCCGUUUUGAUGAUUGGGGUUGGGAGCAGAGAGAGAGAGAGAGAGGUGGAUAUUCGCGUCUCAUGUCUCGAAGCGAUACU